ACUUUUUAGCUUCUUUUUUUCACUGAAAAAUCCAAAUUUCAGUUUAUUGUAUUUCCUAAUUUCUUUCUCAUCCAAUUUAAUUUACAUUGGAAAAUCUAAAACCCUAAAAUUUUUCCGAUUCUUUGAUUUCAAUCGUUUGAGUAAUUAAAACCAGAUUGGCAAAGUUUAGCUAACUCGAGUCCUGUCUCUCUCCACAACUUGAGAAAAAAUUCCCAAUUUCGAAUAGUUUUCAUCUGAUUAUCUUUUCAAGUAUGAAAGAAGGAAAAUCCCUAAAAUUGAACGGCCAAUUGAAUCACCAGAACGGUCACUUGUCUCCGUUCAAAUUCGCCAAGUUGUUGGAUCCAGAAGCUUCAUGGGACAAGGAUCAACUGGGUGAUGUCUUGCAUUGGAUCCGACAAGUGGUGGCCCUAGUUUGUGGGUUACUAUGGGGAGCCAUACCUUUGGUUGGUGGUAUAUGGUUUAUGAUUUUUCUUGCGAUAUCAUCUGGGAUAAUAUACGGUUAUUAUGCAAUGAUACUAAAGGUUGAUGAAGAAGAUUUUGGUGGUCAUGGAGCUCUCCUUCAAGAAGGACUGUUUGCUUCCGUUACUCUCUUUCUGCUUGCUUGGGUUCUGGUUUACAGCUUGGGCCACUUCUGAUAGGGUUAUGUAUUGUUCACCAGCAUCUCUAUCCGUUGAGGCAAAAAUUAUGACUUUGGAGGCUGGAGGUGCUAUUCCGUAGCUUAACAAACAAUGAGAAAGUUUUUUUUUUUUAAUCAAUUAGUCUUUAUUAGUUGUUCUUUGCAUUAUGAUUGUACAAUCAUGUCGAACUUGCAGAGCUUGAGUGUGCUACCUUCUGGUUUGUGGUAAAUAGAUCGAACAAUUUUCUUCAUAAACUUUGGCGCUGUGUAGCUAAUCAUGGCCUCUACGAUUGAGUAUCAAAAUUUUGAUUCUGUAAUUUUUAAUAAGAGCGCCUAUGAGCAAAAUUCUUGAGGACAAACCUUUAUAA